AUGCACUCAACAAAGAGAGAGAGAGAAACUGCUGAUUCUGAAUAUGAUCUGACAGAGAAAUUGACACCGCGGACAGAACAUGACAUUUUCUGUCCUCUGCUAGAUACUCAUGGAUCACAGUAAAAGUCCCAGGAUUUUAUCACAUUGUACGGAGAAUUUAUAGUCUAGUGAAGUAUAUGAUAUAAAACAGGAACAAUGAAUCGUUACCAGAUAGUGAAACAAUUAGGAGAUGGAACAUAUGGGAGCGUGCUGCUGGCAAACAGUGCUGAGACAGGCGAAAAGGUGGCCAUCAAAAAAAUGAAGAAAAAAUACUACUCGUGGGACGAGUGUCUUAACUUACGAGAAGUAAAGUCUUUAAGGAAACUCAACCAUGCCAACAUUGUGAGGCUGAAGGAGGUUAUUCGUGAAAAUGACCAAUUGUUUUUUGUGUUUGAGUUCAUGAAAGAGAAUUUGUACCAGAUGAUGAAAGACAGGGACAAGUUAUUUCCAGAGUCUGUCAUCAGAAAUGUCAUAUACCAAGUCUUUCAAGGGUUGGCAUUCAUGCACAAGCAUGGAUUUUUUCAUAGAGAUUUGAAACCAGAAAAUCUGCUGUGCACAGGAUCAGACUGUGUGAAAAUUGCUGACUUUGGGUUAGCUCGAGAAAUUAGGUCAAGGCCACCAUACACAGACUAUGUCUCAACACGAUGGUAUCGAGCACCUGAAGUGUUGUUACGGUCCACCAGCUACAGUUCCCCCAUUGAUAUCUGGGCGGUCGGCUGUAUAAUGGCAGAGUUGUACACCCUGAGACCUCUGUUUCCAGGGAGCUCAGAAAUCGACCAGAUCUUUAAGAUAUGUUCAGUUCUAGGCACACCCAAAAAGGAAGAAUGGGAUGAGGGCUAUAAAUUGGCAGCAGCAAUGAACUUUCGGUGGCCCCAGUGUGUUGCUAACAAUUUAAGAACUCUUAUACCUAACGCCAGUCAGGAGGCUCUUCAUCUAAUGAAGGACAUGAUGCUGUGGAAUCCACAAAAAAGACCUUCUGCUAGCCAGAGUUUAAGAUACCAGUACUUCCAAGUUGGACAGAACCUAGGAACCACACAAGUCACAAACCGUCCCCAGAUUACCAACAAAGUCCCCACCCCCGUCAACCCUGCCCCCACCCAGGCACCAGCAGAGGAUAAGUACUCCUUCAGUCCCAGUAAACCAGCGGAGCCUAAACCUGUUCAUCCACCCGCCCAGCCUUCUUAUGGGAUGUCCAAGCCUAUCGAGAACAGUGAACCCUUUGCAGUGUCGGUAAAGAAAAAGCAGCAGCCUAGUGGUCGUAAACGGUGGGGGGCUGGGCUGUCCGACACAUGGGAUGAUUGGGAUGAAUUUGAUUUCAACUCUUCUCCUAAGAAAAACACUUCCAAACAUAUCAUUCCUCCUAUUGGAAACAAAUCAAAGUUUGAACCCAAGAAACCCAGCAUUAUGAAUAAAGAAAACGAUGAUGAUGACGACGACUUCUUGUCGAGUAUACUGAAGAAACCAAGUAAGCCUGCCAAUAGAAUUCCCUCGGGGCGCUCAUCUGCCUCCUCAGCUAAACAGCAUUACCUGGGAAAAGCUAGGUACUUGCCAGGUAUAAACCCAAGGAAUAGUGCCAAGAAAGAUAGUCCUAACAGUAUGUGGAACUCACCAUUAGGAAAACCUUCUGUUGGGGCAUUGCCCAGUGUUGGAGCUAAAAACAGCCCUCUAGGUGGAGGACCAAGCAGCUAUGGGGCAAGGAACAAUGCUGACAAUGCUAGCUAUGUUCCUUCCUUUCUGUCAAAUACUAAAGGUGGCUCAAAUUAUCCCUCUGUUAACUGGAAAAGAGCUCAACCAGCACCGUUAUCAAUAAACAACAAAAAUUCGGCAGGAUAUCGACAACCACUUGGUUCCAACACCCAGGCACAUGGACGCACAGACUGGGCAGCUAAGUAUUUGAAGUCAUGAUUCCCUCUGACUGAGAAUCAGAGGCAGACAUUGGGCCCUGUCCCACCUACAGACACAUGGACGAUGUGUCCACUCCUCACCACUCAUUCUGUGAUACAUUGUUAUUUUGUUAUGUAGAUACAAACUUAUUUUAUUAUUGUUCAAUCAUGACCAAGAAAGUGUGUAAAUACUACACCAUGUACAAGAAAAUGACGUUUCUGAACAUUUAUAUCAAGUGUAUGAGUGUUGACUUUAGAUACGCAUUUAGUGAUUCCUAAUGAAAAAAAAAAAACUUAUUCCUUGUAUUGCUUGUAUAAAGUUAAUGUUAUAUGAGUGUUAUUAGUUCAAAGUGCAUAUGAAGGUGCUGCAUGCAUUUCCCAAAGCGAUGUCCCGUCCAGUUUUAAUAUUAUACAUGUACAUGUAUUGUCAAAAAAGUUUUGUUGAAAUUAAGGAUUCUCAGUUUAUUUAUCAUUUGUUCAUUCACAUACUGUGGGUUGUGAGUUAAUGUUUUGCAUGAAUUGCAAAAAAGAGUCUUAUGUAUUUUGCAUUGUCUUUUACAAAUGUAUAGUGUUAUUUUCUUCAGUUAGAUCAUCUAUUAAAGUUUUUAGCUUUUUGACUAUAAAAGUGGAAAACUGCCAAGCUUUAUAUUUUUUGUAUUAAAAAAAAAGGGGGGGGGGGGCAAAAAACAAUCCUUUUUCUGGGUACUCAAUGUGUGUUAGUGUUUUGAAUUUUGUUUUAUCUCAGCCAUAUUAUUCCUUGCCUAGUUCACUGUGCUGAGUGGAUGGAGAUGCUGCUCAAUUACUCUAGCAGAUGACAUACUUAUACACUGUAAUGCGCUCCUGUUGAUGCUUGAGGAUGACCACUGAGAUUCUUUCAUUACCCGACUCAGUAUAUUUAUGUACAAGUAUUUCUGUUUUGAAGACAUGCCUUCUAUUGUUGCUCAUAUCAAGUAGUGUUGAGCUUGUUCUAGAAUUGUUAUUAAAGCUUUUUGGUUUGUACUUUAUUAAGCGGUUGACCACAUCAGGUGACUUUACUAUGGACUUUGAUUUACAAUUGGGGUUUACAAAAAUUUUUAUGUAAAACAUUAUUGUAAAAUAAAUCCAAAGCAUUGCUUUGUUAAAUUUUAUGGAUGAAGACCAAAAUUUAGUGAUUUGCAUUUCUAAUUUUCUCACAAUAUACAAAUAUUCAAAAAUUUAUGUUUUAUUAUGUUCAUUAAGUUAACACUUAAGAUGGCUGGGUAAAACAGCCAAAUAAGAUUUUAUUGUUCACUUUUAUUCUUUCAUUCAAACUGACGCUGUGAGUAACUUUUUUUUCAAGACUUGAAUUGAAAUUAUCGCUUGAUAAAAGAGGAUUCAUUUAUAAGUGGGUGCUUGUAAUAUGUAGAAAUAUAUACUGAGACUACAUUUUAAGUGAAUAUUUUACUGUUAGAUGCUGUAUAGAAAUAUUUCUACAAUCUCUGGGUUUUCUUUGGCCUAAACCAGCACACAUAGUGGUCUAGUAACAAUACAAUACGAUUAAGCUUGUAGUUAUUGUCAGUCUAUAUUUUGGUCUUUUUUAAUGACAUUUGUUCAUAUGAUACCAGACAUAGUACUUGGAAAGUACUUGUACGUUUUAAACUUAUCAUGGUUGUAAUAAUCAACAGUUUUAUAGAGAGAAAAAUGAAUUAAACUUGUUUAACU